AUGUUGGUCUCGCGAGGUCCCUUCAGCGAUGCUCCCCCUGAGGCACAGUCAAGGGUCGACCGCAAUCCAACCCUCCUCUACUCAUGGUUCUGCACCAUCUUCGCCAUCACCAUCGUGGUGUUCCGUGUGGCCGGUCGCCUGAUCAGAAACAACCGCAUGUUCCGCGAAGACACGAUCAUGACCUUGAGCUUGAUCCCGCUGCUGAUCCGGAUGGCUUUCGUCCAUGUGGUCCUCGUGUACGACACGAACAAUGCCCAGACAGUUGGCUUGAGUGAAGAAGAUACCUAUCGACGGUCAAUUGGCUCGCGAAUGGUUCUGGGGUCAAGGAUAUUCUAUGCGCUUUUUAUUUGGACAGCCAAGUUCACCGUGUCCGAAUUCCUCAAACGCAUGACAUCGACCAUCUGGAAGAAAUCUUACGAGCGUAUCUUGCACAGUAUUCGGAUCUUUCUGGUCGCCACCUUCUUCAUCGUCAUUAUUGCAACUCUAGCCGAAUGCCAGCCAUUCACCCACUACUGGCAAGUCAUUCCAGAUCCCGGCCCUCGAUGUCGCCAGGGCUACGCACAACUCAUCACUAUGGGUGUCUGCGAUAUGAUCACCGAUAUCGUCCUCGUCGUGUUCCCAAUUCCCCUCAUUAUCAAAUCCCGCAUGCCGCUGAAGCGCAAGAUCUCCCUCGUCAUCUUGUUCUCCAUGUCCAUCAUUCUCAUCGCAAUCACCGCCUACCGCAUCCCCGCCGUCAUCCGCCACAACGGCCGUCAGCAAUAUCGAACCGUCUGGGCCAGCUCGGAGAUUGUCGCCGCCGCCGCCAUUUCGAACGCCGUGGUGCUCGGCUCCUUCCUGCGCGACCGCGGCGUGAAGAAGACCAAGUACAAGUUCGGAUCCGCAUCCGAGUCCGCCGAGACGCGCCGUCGAUCCGUACGUCAAAGUACCAUCACCCACAGGCAAUGGGGCAGCGAUGAAGAUCUCGUUGCCGGCUUGGGAGGCUACCGUCUUCCGGAGGAGCUACAUGAUUCUCAUUUUGUCCCUCACGCUCCAUCUGUCGCCUCCCCUGCCCAACCACCCCCCACGACCUCUGGACCAUUCAAAAGUUGGAAUUACCAUAAUGCCCAGUCAAACCGGGAGUCGGACGAUAGCGUCGAUCUGAAAGCAUCCAUGCACUCACCUGUAGAUCCCAACCAUUCGGACCCCACCGCCCGUCCGCUCCUCGAUCUGACGUCCCCAUCCGAACGAACCCGCCAACCCUCCUUCUUCGACGUCGGCGGCCUCCUCGACACCGGUCCCGAGCCCUCUCGCUCCCGCAGAACCAGCCACACCUCCCCCAUCGCGCACGACUUCGCCCUCGGCAAGAAACCCUCCUCCCGUGCCCUCCUCGACCUCGGCGGCCUCCUCAACAAAUAUCCCCCCACCGCCUCCGCCUCUCACUCUAGCAUCGAACUGGCUAAUCGCCCUAAAUCCGACAAACGCGCCAAUCGGUCUCUCAGCCGCAGCCGGAGCCGAAGUCAGGGCGCGAGUCGAAGGCUCGCGGGCGGGAAGCAUAGGGAUGCCAGCCAGGACGAACCGGUGCCACCGAGCGGGAUCCCACAUCCGACGCUCCGGCGGGAGGCGACGGUGCGAGACCUGCAGGAUGUGGGGGGCUUGUUGGAUGGGGGCGAAACCGGGGAGUCCUCUACAGUGCCUCCGAAUCAUCAUGCGCGCACGAACGCGCAAUAA